AUGUUUGGAAGUCUGUCUCUUAAGUCCUUGCUUAUUAUCUCCGGAGUUGUAUUGACACUUUCUUAUCUUUUCAACACGAAUUUUUUUACUAAGUUCACCAAAACUGCAUACCCCUUGGCGCACAAUAGCUCUUUUAUUGAUCAAUCUUCUUCAACCGUAUCCUCUAUUGUUAAUUCUACAAUGACUUCUGUUCCUCCAGUAUACUUUAUCUCCCACGGGGGUCCGACCUUCAUGUUCAAUGACGACUUUGGUGGGAACACUGGCUGUUUCCAAGCCAUUAAACGCAUUGGGAAAGACAUUAAAAAUAAAAUCAAGCCAAAGUAUAUAAUUAUCAUCACUGGCCAUUGGGAAUCAAGAUCAUCCGAUCUCUUUGAGGUUGGUGUACCAGACCUUUUAACUUCAUCAUCGGUCGAUGAAAAAGGUGGAGAAAGCUCAAUGGGCAGAAGGAUCGCGAGAAAUAAUGCCCAUUAUCAGAAAAUUGAUCCAAACGAACAUAGUUUAGUCUACGAUUUCUUUGGUUUCCCAGAAAAAAUGUAUGAACAAAGGUUCCACGUGAAAGGCUCUAGUGAAAUUGCUAAUAAGAUACAAAAACAACUUACAAAAGAUGGCUUGAAUGCUAAGACUACUUCCAGAGGUAUCGAUCACGGUGUUUGGGUUCCAUUGAAGGCUGGUUUGAGUGAUGGGAAUAUUAUCACCGACAGUGGGGAGUGGGACAUAGACUGUCCAUUGAUCCAGGUGUCGUUGGCAAAAUCUGAAGAUUUUGACGUCCAUUACAAAUUAGGACAAUCCUUAGCCAAAUUCCGUGAUGAAGGUGCCUUGAUCAUCACUUCAGGUUCAUCUGUCCACAAUUUGAGGGAUAUUGGCUACGCCAUGAGUUCUGGUAAAAAGGCUCUACCAUAUGUGACAGAAUUUAACUCCAAAUUAUCAGAAAUUGUGACCAAAAAGAGUGGUGUUGCUGCUUUAGAAGCCUUCAACCUUUUGAAGAAGCAAGACAGAGCCUUGUUGUAUAAGGCACAUCCUACUUUGGACCACAUCAUGCCAAUUGUUGUUGGUGUUGGGGCAUCCAAUGCUGCUUUGGCUGAAGAAUUAUAUACUGAUGCAUCGUUGUCCUUGGGUUGGAACCUCUAUCAAUGGAACUAA